CAAGACCUCUGAGCUCAACUCUUAACAAUUCAGAAUUUGGUGAGCUUCAAGUUGCGCUCCGAGUCGCCGACUAAUACCGUGACAUUGCAUGAUUUGCAUCCCACAUCCUACCGCACUGCCUGUGGGCGAACAUGGCUGAAAUGCACAGCAAUUUAAUAAUACAUGAAUAACUUAGCGCCCUUCCGUCAUAUUAAGUUGUGGGUCUUUGUGUGGCAUAGCUACGCGUGUUGAAUAGUCUCAGUACCCUCCACACUUACUAUCGCAUUUUGACGAACCUCUCGAAGCUGUCCUGGGAUGUGUGAGCCUGAGGUCACGAAAGUAGAAGUCAACCAACGGGACCUUGUUGAUAAAGUCCUCGCCCGUUACCCAGAAGAGUUCACAGUUUUCCGAGAACUGUUGCAGAAUGCGGACGAUGCUGGAGCCAAGAACUUCUCUAUUGAAUUUCAGAGUUUAGCUGGAAAUGAGAGUAAUGGGGCGAAACCUGACCCCAAUUCAGCUAAGGUCUUCAAAUGGAUUGUGAAGAACGACGGCGCCCCAUUUCAAAAGACUGACUGGAAGCGUUUGACGAAAAUUGCCGAAGGCAAUCCAGACGAACGAAAGAUUGGCGCAUUUGGAGUCGGUUUUUUUAGUGUGUUCAGUGUCACUGACAAGCCCGUCGUCAAAUCGAAUGGAGAGAUGGUAUCCAUUUAUUAUGAAGGAGACCAGCUCUUUGUGAAGAAAGAAAAACACAAUCGUGACAGCGACAUUUGGACUGCAAUUGAGGUUGAGCUGAAGCAGGAGUCGACCAUCCCGCGGAUCUUUGAACUCACGCGAUUUCUAGUAACAUCCGUAACGUUCCUGGCUCAUAUUCAAAGUGUUGAGGUCUGGCUGGAUCGCACUAUACUGUCUUGCUUGACAAAAACUCGGAACAACGCCAGUCAGUCAAUUGCCAUUCCCGAGGAUAUGCUCAGAAAAAGCCGGGGUGGAAACAUGUUCGUCGAAACUGUUGAAGUAAUCCCCCAGGAGGUCAACGUCACAUUCUUUGAAGAUGCACUCGUUGGAGGUCCAAAGACACUCAUCACACGAGUAGAACCAGAAGAAGGCGAACGAAAUCCGUCGAAAUCCAAGGGUUUCUUCUCGACGGAGAAAACCCCGAAACUCAAUGGAAAAGCUCCAAAAAUGGCGGCAGCUGCUUCUAAAGCCCCGAGUCUCAAAUCUGGGGCCCAAUUCUCGGCAAAAUUUUCCAUUUACUCUGCAAAUGUUACCGUUUCAGCGAAAUCUUUGGAGAAGGGUUUGGAAUCCGCAACGAAGAAAAAGCCUCCCAAAGAUUUUCCAUUUGAAAUGGUUUUCUUCAGUAAGGACGAGCACGAUAGGCAGACGCAAGAAGAAGAUUCAGGGUUCGGAAGCGUCUUCCGCGGGCCUCAAGGACUUUGUCCGCGAUUGGAAGCAGAACACGCCGCUCGAAUCUUCAUCGGGCAAAGUACGGCUCAAACGACUGGCAUGGCUUGCCACAUGUCUGGCCGUUUUAUUCCAACCGUAGAACGAGGCUCGAUUGAUCUUGCCAAUGGCGCUGUUUCCAAAUGGAACGAGGAGCUCCUUUACGUUGCGGGUUUUCUGGCGAGGAUGGCUUAUGUUUUCGAGAUGAACAAAGUAAGGGAUGCAUGGUCAACGUCGCAGAAGGCAGAUCCGGAGCGACUGGCACUGGCACUGUAUGCGAUCAAGUCCUUUAUCUUCCAUCCCUCCACGCCCGAUCCGAAGGUGUCCCGAAUAAUCAAGGAUGCAUUCUUUGCUUGCUCGACUACAGAUAAAUUCCCGUUCAUUUCUGAUCAAGGGAUUCGGCACACGAAGGACAUCCGUAUACACCAUCCUCACUUCGCUCCCUUCAUGCGUACCCCUGUGCUUCCAGUGGACCAGCGUCCCAUCUUAGCACUCAUGACUCCUCCUGAGCAUCUCUGGGUCGGGACUUACACAUUCAAAGACGUCGUGAAAGAACUGAAUUCGCGAUGUCUGAGUGAGGCGGAGAUGGCUGCCUGCUUGCGUUGGUGGAGCACCUCAUUUGGAAACCAGGGUUCUGUGGAAGAACAGCAGAACAAAUUCCGGAACGAACUGCUCAAAGCGGGCAGAACACAAUCCGGGGGGAAGGAAGUCCGACUCAGCUCCAUUAGCAAAUUUAUUGAUGCACGAAUGCUGAAUGUUCGCCGUGUCGAUGACCCUUUGCCAGACGACACAAUACCCCCAGCGCUUAUCUCAAGCCUAAAUCCCUAUACGAUUACGGACGCUUUCGGGUGGAAAGAGAUGUCAGUCAUACACUGGCUUCGACACCUCAUAGACAAUCCGCCAGAUACAGCACAUAAUAUCACGCUAACGCCCAGUUUCGCGCAACACGUCAUCACCGUCCUCAGUACCCUUUGGCACACUUCACUGGAUGAAGAUGGGCGUUUCGAAGUCCGGGAGAUUUUGGAGGAUAUUGCUUGCAUACCCACAACUAUCUCGCACGUACAUAACAUGAUGCGGCCCAGGGAUGCGUAUUUCCCUGAUGCUGACGUUUUUCGCGACCUUCCCGUCGUUAAACAAGACCUUCUAUUGGAUUACCGCUCGGAGCAGGUGUUGCAAUUUCUGGGGGUGCAGAAACGGUGCGACAUCGAAACAUUCAUCUCAAAGGCAAUGAGCGGUGAAAAAUGGAAUGCCGUAGAAUUGGCGAGAUAUCUUAUUACAUCUGCUAACGAACAUGUGACUCGCGUCAUGGAGAUGAAACUCUUCCCUUGUAAUAGCGGUGAAAGACAUCAUAUCAACGAGCUCUUCGCAUCCACAGAGAUCAACAAGGCGCUCAAAUUGCCUACAAUCAAUUGCGACUACUGGGAUUCAAACACCCAGGAAGCACUAUUCCUCAUUAGAAAAGGUUUACAUGAAUACCCUACAAUAGAACAACUCAUCCCUAUCGCGUCUUACCAUACCGAUCAAACCGCUAGACGUGCUGCGUUCACGUUUUUGUGCGGACCGUAUUAUGAAACAAUUCUUGAAAAACAAUUCGAUCCCUCAAAGUUCUCUGACCCCUUCAUCCCCGGUGUCAGAGACGGGAAACAGUGUCAAAUCCCCCAUGGCGAGGUAUUCUCGGAUCCAAACUGGAAAGUAUUUGGCUUUGGUCAUUUGACCGAUCAGUUCAACAAGAAGCAUAUUGCAAAGCUAAAGAUUCGAGACCGCCCUACCUCUGAAAAGCUACUUCAGGUUCUUGAAUCGACUCCGCCGAAAGACCCAGAAACUGCAAAGAAGUGGUUCAGCUUUCUCGCUGAGAAAGGAGUUUUCUCAGCAGGGGAAUUUGAAAGGAUCGCAGACCUCAAGAUCGUCCCUGUAGAGACAUCUUCCGAGCAGCCACAACCCAGUAACAUCUCUUAUGAGGCAGUGUCGCCUCGUGAGUGCUUCCUGAAGUCGGAAUCAUACACCGGAGACCACUUCUACCAGCGGUUAUUCAAGUUUGUCGACUUUGACCGCAGUGCCAACGCUUUCUUGAAAGCUUGCGGUGUCAAAGAACGCCCUGAAUGUGUCGAUGUCCUCAAAGCUCUCCUGAAAUGUCCAAAAACGUUCCUUAAACUGGCUGGGGACCAUGAGAGAUACUUGACUGAGCUGCGCCUGAUUGCGGUCGGUCACAAGUCCCUUCCUCGAAAGAUCCACGAAGAAAUGCGCAAUGCCCCAAUUUUCUUGGGAUAUCGACGAGGGAAGAGCAAUGCUAGCCGCGACGUGUACGAGGCAGACGAGUUUGAGCUUUGCAGGGCUGAAGAAGUAUUGGUCGCCGACGACAUGGAAAGUCGUCGCACCUUUGGAGAUUCCAUUUUCAUCGCUCCCCAGGAGGAGCUGUUAGAAAAGUUUUACUCGGAAAUGCAUGUCAAGUCGUUGAGCUCUUGCAUCAAGUACACUGUCGAGCCAGAGAAGGAGUUGCUGAACGCACACACUGCCCAGACCCUUCGAAAAUCUAUUAUUGACAAGAUACCUAUUUUCCUCCACGAGUUCGACGAACAUCGCUUUAGAGAUAAAAUGCGCCUGCUACGGUGGCAUGACGAGUGUCAAUUUUUCGUCCGGGCUUGUCGAAAACUUGACGUCACGAAGAGAUUAGAAUUUACACAUGCGACUACUGGACCUCAGGGACAGAAAGCGCACCCUACCGAACUCUCCGCCGAGACCCAAACCAAGGAUGGCGUGAAUGUGCUGUGGAUCAAGGAGCCGAAGGCUGACAGUUAUGACAUCGCGGCAGCAUUGUGUCGUCUGCUGUUCUCUACAUAUAAAAAGAAUGAUGUCCUGUCCCUUAUGACUAUCUUGGACACAGACAUUGAAGUCCUCAAACGCCGUGGUUACGAUGUUGAUAGAAUUCUCUCGGAGUAUCAUGAUAACCUUGAGAAGGCUGAACAUGGAGAAAAUGCUCCCAAUGGGGCACCACCCGCACCCACUCAAGCUCCGCCCCCAACUGAAUUGCCGCCAGACGAACCAUCCAAUCAUAAGCCGGUGGUAUUCAGAAAAUUCACAAAGUUAUUAAAUUGGCUUCGCAAAGACCCCAAGUUGGGCGAGCUCAAGCUCGACGAGAUAGAGGACUCCAUCGAGAAGGUGAAGAAUAUCAUGCAGGAAGAGGGCGGCAAGGACGACAAGCACAUCAGCAAUCGGGAGCAGGUCGGCGGAGGGAAAAAGCAGAAAAAUGUCGGAUACUGUGACGAAAAGAAGGUUGCGGAAACGGAUUUGGAAGAAUGUGAGGGCCAACAUGUCGGGCAGGUCAAGGUCUGGAAACGAAAGGGGACGCUCUUGGACGUUCCCUCAAAGGAACGCGAAGCCUUUGGGAAGAUCGUUAGCGACCUCGCACAAGUUUUUUCAGUCAACCAGACACGAUGCCACGUAUUCUUUCACGGCGAGGACGCAAAUCUGAUGGGUUUCAACCGCAAUGACCAGAUAUUUUUGGGUCUGGAACACUAUAUGCAAAAACACAAAGGUGGACCUGCUGGACAGGCUUACAUCGACUGGUACUAUAUAAUGGCACACGAGAUGGCACAUGUGCAAACCCCAUACCAUGAUGAGCAUCAUGAGCUGUUGUUUCAAGCUCUGGCGACGAAAUAUUUGACUGGGCUCCAUAGUCUGCCAGCUGUGCGAGAAUUGUUCAAGUGCGCAUCUAAUUGAUUGUAUUGCAGUCUUUCUAGUGGGGAUCUCGGAGGAUAAUUUAUUGGACCAUAGUACUAUACCUACGAAUACUCUAUCGAUGCUUUGUACUUGGAUUUCGCUAUAACGCUGACCUCCUGUCCC